AUGCCUCUCGCUGUCUCGGAGCGCCCCUCCCCUUUUCACCUCGCCGGGAGGCCAGAUAGACCCUGUGAUGAAGUACAAGAGGUAGUUUAUUUUCCUGCUGCAGUUCACGAUAACCUGAGAGGACAUCUUAAGUGUACUUACAUAGAAAUUGAUCAAGUCUCUGAAACAUAUGCUGUUGUUCUCAGUCGCCCAGCUUGGUUGUGGGGUGCAGAAAUGGGAGCCAAUGAACAUGGAGUUUGCAUUGGGAAUGAAGCUGUUUGGGGAAGAGAAGAAGUUUGUGAUGAAGAGGCGCUACUGGGCAUGGACCUUGUCAGACUUGGCCUUGAAAGAGCUGAUACAGCUGAAAAAGCUCUCGACGUCAUUGUUGAUUUAUUAGAAAAAUACGGCCAGGGUGGAAAUUGUUCAGAGGAUGGUGUGACAUUUAGCUAUCACAACAGUUUCCUGAUAGCUGAUAGGAAGGAAGCCUGGAUUCUGGAGACUGCAGGGAAGUACUGGGCAGCAGAAAAAGUACAAGAGGGAGUUCGUAAUAUUUCUAAUCAGCUUUCUAUAACGACCAAGAUUGAUCGGGAACACCCAGACAUGAGAAACUAUGCUAAGCAGAAAGGUUGGUGGGAUGGUAAAAAGGAGUUUGAUUUUGCAGCAACAUAUUCUUAUAUUGACACAACCAAGAUGACAAUUUCACCAGGCAGAUACUGUGAAGGCUACAAACUUCUGAAUAAACACAAAGGAAACAUAACUUUUGAAACAAUGAUGGAAAUUCUCCGAGAUAAACCAAGUGGCAUUAAUAUGGAGGGAGAAUUCCUGACCACUGCAAGCAUGGUUUCUAUUUUACCUCAAGAUUCCAACUUUCCUUGCAUUCACUUCUUCACUGGGACUCCUGAUCCUGAGAGAUCUGUUUUUAAGCCUUUCAUAUUUGUACCAAAUAUUUCACAACUACUCGACACCAGUUCACCAACAUUUGAAGUUGAAGACCCAGUUAAAAAGAAGCCACAUUUUAAGACUAAACUUGACAGAAGACACCCACUCUACCAAGAGCAUCAACAGGCAUUGAAAGUAACAGAUAAGAAGGAGGAAAAAUCCAAAACAAUGUUGGAGAACAUGAGAAGUCUGGAGAAAGAACUAUUCAAAGAGAUGGAAUCAAUCCUUCAAAACAAGCAUCUUGAUGUGGAUAAAAUUGUUAAUCUUUUUCCUCAGUGUGCAAAAGAUGAAAUUCAAAUUUAUAAGUUAAAUGUUAGUUCUAAAUGA